GGAGGUCAGGGACCCGGAAGUGUUCUCCAUCCGCGUUCCGCCCCGCGCCCGUUAGGCCACGCCCACCACGCUCGGGCGCGCGCACGCUGCCGUCCUUGUCGUUGUGAGCGCGACCGCUGGCCCUGGGGGCGGGGCUGUCAAAAGAAGGGCCUAAGCCGCUGAGUGAAGUGAGAAUUCUACAGAGGAAAUGGCUGCCUCUUCCUCCUCCUCCUCAGCUGGUGGGGUCAGCGGAAGUUCUGUCACUGGAUCUGGUUUCAGUGUCUCAGACCUUGCCCCACCACGGAAAGCCCUUUUCACCUACCCCAAAGGAGCUGGAGAGAUCUUAGAAGAUGGCUCUGAGAGAUUCCUCUGUGAGUCCGUGUUCAGUUAUCAAGUGGCAUCCACGCUUAAACAGGUGAAACAUGAUCAGCAAGUUGCUCGGAUGGAAAAACUAGCUGGUUUGGUAGAAGAGCUGGAGGCCGAUGAGUGGCGGUUUAAACCCAUUGAGCAGUUGCUGGGGUUCACACCCUCUUCAGGUUGAUGUUGCCUCGAUGGUCACCUCUGGACACAGCCAGUGCAGAGCCAGUAAGGCACAUUCUUAAAGCUUACGGCCACUCAGCGAUUCACAGCUGCAUCAUAGAACUGCUAAUUCAUAUCCAUAUGUGGUUUCCCUGUAUCUGUCCACAGGCAACAAAGACUUAAAUGUGUGCUCCCGCAGGGCGAAUUUUUCUUUAUUUGUUCAUUUGUUUUAAGAAGUAUUGGGAGUCAGAUUAGAACAAUUGGUUUCAGUGAACAAGGAGGUUUGGGCUUAAAAGAUGUUUAUAAAAAUUUCACAUGCCAGAAUUGGCCAACUGAAUGGCAUGUAUCCUAUCAUUCAUAGAGUGCCUGGAAAUUUUCACCAGUCAAGUCCAAGGUCAGGAUAUUUCUUUUCGAAGAUGAAUGUGACGUUAACUCAGGACCUGUCCAAAUGAGGAAUUUUUAGCUAUUCAUUUUUUUUUCUGUUUUUAGACAUCUAACACUAAAGAUUCAUACUUUUUCUGACUUUCUGGAUAUGACAAAUUGUAGCCAAAAAAAAAAAAACCUGUUGUUUUUUGAAUGUUGCAGAACUUAUAAAAAAUAAAGAAGUGAGAAAAAUCCUUUUAGAUACAGAAAUCCUCCAUGUAAGCCAGGUGUGGUGUGCAUACCCAUAUUCCCAGCACUUGAAAUGCUGAGGCAGGAGGAUUGUGAAUUCAAGUUCAGCUUGGACUACACAGUGAGACCUUUUCUCAAAAACCAAAAAAGCGGAAGAGAAGAAAUCCUCUGUUGAAUUCAUUGGUGGAUUCAAGCAGUUCUGUAGCAAAGAAAUUCUUUGAAAGAGCUCCAGAUUAGUGUCUACCCUUUAAAAGCCUUAGGGAUUUGAGAUAGGGAGAAAAGGUCAAAUUACUUCUUUAUGACUCUAAAAAUUAUUUCUUCUAAGAUUUUUUUUACUUCAGAGAUAUUUGUCUUUUCAGGAGUGUCUGAACUUAUCCAUAUCUGAGUAGGUUUUUAUAGCAUGAUAAAGGAAAAGCUGGAAGGCUAAGAGGUGGUUUUUUUGUUCUUGAUGGGAUCCCAAUAUCCACACUGCACAAUUAGGAGAAUCAUUGAUCAUAUUAUAUGCAUAUUUUGCCUUAGCCAGCGUUUGUUUUUCUCCUCAUUAAUAACUUACACCUGAUCUGCUUAGAGUUGCUUAAUUAUAAAUAAAUAUAAUCCCAGGAGCAAUUGGCCUUAAUCUCAGGAGCCCAAAAGGUUUAACAUAUACUACCUGACAGGGAGGUGGUGACCUCAUUUAGUCAGUAAACUCUGAUCCCGGUGAAGAUAAAAAUCUGCUCCUGGUCACAUCAUAGCUCAGGCAGAAGAAAAUCUUGGAACUUGCUUGAUAAUUCAGCCACUAUUCUUGCCUCUGAAGCACAACAGAGCACAAGAAGUGCCAGCCCACAAACCCAUCUAUUCCAUCUAUGUUGCUCAACAAACAAGAUCCAUGUGUGAAAGCAAUUGUUUCCUAACUACUAUUUAGCAUCAAUCAUCUCGCUGAUUACCAAGGGAAAAAUUUUAAAUGCCUGGUCUUAAUCUUUAAAUCUGAUAUUCAGUGGCAACAUAGAAGCAAUUUCUACCUUUCUCUCAUUUCAUGUAACUGCAGCACCUAUAUUGUAUUACCUCAUCUUUGCCCUUUAGGUUUGAACUUAUUCCAGAAUGUUUUCUCACUAAUUUGGACAUUUCUUUAUAUAAUCUUAGAAAUUAAAGAGAUCUUGGAGGUGAACAGAAAUGCUCUCUGAAAUGCUUUCAAUGUGAACCUUUCACAUGGGUCAUUCAGCCACUUCUUGAGUCCUACCAAGAACAGGACCCUCAACAAUUUUUUGAAGAUGGCCCCUUCCACUUUGCACCUGUCGGCCAUUAUGUCUCAUCCUGUCACCAUGCUUUAGGCUCACCUGUCAUCUCCUGUGCACUUACUAUGUGCUAGUCACUAACAAGUGUUUAUUACAAUCUUUUUCAGUAGCAUUGCAAGAUAUGUAAUACUCCUAACAUAAAAGAGGACCUUGAAGCUCCAAGCAUCUCCAAGCAGGACCACACAGCUAAGAUUAGCCAAGUUUGGAUUUGGACUCAUGUCUACCAGACUCCAAAGCUGAGAUUCUUUCAGAAGCACCAUACUGUGUGCCACUGAACCUAACCCAGAGCCAUUUAUUACUAAAAUGAAUUACCUACCUAAAAAGAAAGCCUUGCCACUACCCUCUUUUCUCCUGUACCUCCUCACCUCAGGGUUGGUAAGAAAGGGUCAAACACAGGAGAGGAACAGCUUCCUUCCAGAGCCAGCAGGAAUUAGCCAUAUGUCAGUUUCCACAUAUCCUCCUAAGGUAAUGAGACAUAAAUGGUAAACUUAAUAGCUGGGGUUUUUUUUUUUUAAUU